UAUUUUGCCUUCCGUAGAUUCUCAUUAAUAUUCGUAAAUGUUUUCCUUUUAAUAAUCGGAAUAAUGCCAAAAACGAAUGGAGAUUAUAUAUUCGGUAAUUUUUGUGUUGGCGGGUGCAUAUAAAUAAAACCAACCAACAAACUCACAGACCAAUAAAAGAAGCCCCUCACAGAGUAAAGAGCAUAGAAAGAUCAAAAAUCAGAACAACGCUUUGAAACUGAAAGAGAAAGUGAGCAGUGAGUGACUGAGAGAGAGAGAAAGAGAGAGAGAGACAAACGCUGUCUCUGCGAGUUAGAGAGAGAGAAACCCCAGAAAUUCCAACCUCAUUUUCUUCUCUCUCUACUUUCUCUGUCUACAAUCAAACGUCCAUUUGAUCGGAGCCUCUCAUUCUCCGUUGAACGUGCUUUUCAGAUAACCGUGCAAUCAGCUCCGUUCUCCGGUUCGGGUCGGUGCAAUGGAGCAGUACGGCCAGUUCAGUGAAGGUUCGCGGUCUGAUCCGUCGCCGGAAUGGACCGGAACCGGUGGAGAAACCGGGCUCGAAGAGCCUAUGUGGCAAUUGGGAUUGGGUGCUGCAGAGGAAUCGUAUCCGCAACGCCCCAAUGAGGCUGAUUGCACCUACUAUUUGAGGACCGGUUUCUGUGGCUUCGGUUCUCGGUGUCGGUUCAACCAUCCACGUGACCGUGCUGCGGUUGUUGGAGCUGAGAGGACUGUGGGGGAGUAUCCGGAGCGAGUAGGCCAGCCUGUGUGCCAGUAUUAUAUGAGGACCAGAUCAUGUAAAUUCGGUGCUUCUUGCAAGUACCACCACCCUCGGCAGGCUGGAGGGAGUGCCACCGUUGUGUCACUUAAUUAUUAUGGAUAUCCGUUGCGACCGGGUGAGAAAGAGUGUUCCUAUUAUGUGAAGACGGGGCAAUGUAAGUUUGGUGCAACUUGUAAAUUUCAUCAUCCGCUUCCUGCUGGGGUCCAAAUUCCAGCACCAUCACCAGUUGCCCCAGUUUCGCCUUUACCUGUACCUGUACCUUCUCCAUUAUAUUCAACCGUACAGCCUCCACCCGGUCCUUCAUCCCAGCAAAUUGGUGUACUGGUUGCAAGGCCACCUCUGAUGCCUGGCUCAUUAGUCCAGAGCCCCUAUGGACCUGUGGUAUUGUCCCCUGCCAUGGUCCCUAUUUCUGGCUGGGGUCCUUAUCAAGCUCCUGCAACAGGCCCUGUACUUCCUUCUGGUACUCCAUCCAAUGUUGCUUCAGCACACCUGUACGGGAUGACCCAGCUACCUUCAUCAGCAGCUGCAUAUCCUGGACCUUAUCAACCUUCUGGUUCCUCAGUUGGUCCACCUAGCAGUAGUCAGAAGGAGCAGGCAUUUCCAGAUGGGCCUAAUCACCCAGAAUAUCAGUAUUACGGGAAAACGGGGGAAGUUAAAUUUGGUCCAUCAUAUAGGUAUCACCCUCCUCCAGAUGCGAAUGCACCAAAAGUGAAUGUGAUUCUUAGUCCUGCAGGUCUUCCUUUGCGCCCGGGGGCAUUACCUUGUACUCAUUAUGCACAGCAUGGAGUAUGUAAGUUUGGUUCUGCAUGCAAAUUUGAUCAUCCUGUGGGAUCACAGGGUUAUAGUCCAUCUGCUUCUUCCCUGGCUGAAAUGCCGGUUGUACCCUAUCCUGUGGGUUCAUCAACUGGUACUCUUGCUCAAUCAUCUUCAUCAUCCGAGUUGCGGCCUCAACCUACCCCUGGAUCCAGCAAGGAGUCUACACCAUCCAGAAUGUCUUCAUCAAGGAGCAUGUUAACUGAAUCAAUUGGCUUGACCUUAUCAACUGGUGGACCUGUUUCUCAAUCAACCGAUUAUCAAUCUGCUCAGAGUUCCAGUCCUUCGGCAGCUGCUACUACCACCACAAGUAGCAUUAUCUCUCACACCUCAAGCUAAGCAAUGUGAAUGCAUACCUCAUCAUUACUCCUUUUUUUUAUCUCAAUUCUUCCACUGGACAUCAUUAUUCAAGGAGGUCCUCCAAUAGGUUUUGUUUUUCAGUUAUCCCAGA